AUGAAUUUCAUCCAGGAUCAAUUCGGUCUUUUGUACUUGUCUCCUCGGACGCAAAAGUUGGUUCCCAUUCCGCUAAAAUCUGUGAGCAUUACGGCCUCCGUGGUCCACGCGGUCGCACAGGUGGAAAUCACACAGAUUUAUGCAAACUUUGAAGACACCCCGAUCGAAGCGGUGUACAUAUUUCCGGUCGAUUGUAACGGUGCGGUCACACAUUUUAGGGCGGACUUGGAUGGGAAAAGUAUACAGGGCGUCGUUAAAGCCAACGAGGAUGCCCAAAGGGACUACGACGCUGCCGUUUCGAACCAGCAAACCGCAUUUCUUGGUGGGGAAGUUAAGCAGGAUAUUUUCAAGCUAAAAAUCGGCUUCUUAAAACCAAACUCGAUCGCAAAAGUUGUAGUUGGUUACGUUACCGAGGUUAACAACGACCCGGACACUAAUUCCAUCCGAUUUUUCAUGCCCACCACGGUGGCGCCGAGAUACGUCCCGGGAUCCGAAACGGAUCAAAGAUCCACCGAUUUGGCGGGAAUGUCCCACUCUGCCGAUCCACCGGCUCCAUUGAGCAUUAAAGUCGUUGCGGCCAUCCAAGGCGGGAUAAAAGCCGUCCGAAGUUUAUCCCAUCAUAAAAUCCGGGUAGAAUCAAGAGGUCCAAUUCCGGAGAGGAUAGGCUGGACAAAAGCUGUCGUCACUUUGGUUGACCACGUGACAGAAAUGGAUAGAGAUUUCGUCCUCCUCGUCCACCGGAGGAAGCCGUGA